AUGAGGGAAAGAAGACUCGAGAGACGGCAGCAGCAGCAGCAGCAGCAGCAGUGGCGGCGGCGGCGGCAGCAUGAGGUGGUGCAGGAGAAGGAAGAGCAGGAAGAGGAGGAGGAGGUUCACCAUCACUGGUUGGUUGACAUUGGUGAUGCUCAGGUCUCCUGUGCGUGGGGACACAUGAACAAGGAGAGGCGAUGUUCUGCCCACUGGUCCGACCUACAGGUGCACAGUCCUCUCUCCUUCUUCUUCUUCUUCUUCUUCUUCUUCUUCCUCCUCCUCCUCCUCACUGAAAGCAUCAUCCAUCUUGUGGCAUAA